GGGAGUGAAGGGUCCCCAUACAUACAGAACACAGCAAAAGGGCUUAUUCAAUUCAAUCUAUUGCUUUUCUUAAAAUGUUGAGUGCGUUGUGCCAGUAAAGUAGUAGUGUUACUGGCGGUGGCGUCGUACAGAAGCUGGCCCCAAUUCCUCCUCUAGCCUGCGCUUUCUUCGUUGCCCGGCACUACGGCCCGUUCCGAAAUCCGACACCUCACUCAACAAUUCUCAGUCUCUGAUUUCGGAUAAAGCCAUGUCUAAAGCUCGAGUAUACACCGAUAUCAAUGUGCUUCGCCCUAGGGAAUAUUGGGAUUACGAAUCCCUUACUGUUCAAUGGGGCGAUCAGGAUGACUAUGAGGUUGUUCGGAAAGUUGGGAGAGGAAAAUACAGUGAAGUUUUUGAAGGUAUAAAUGUUAACAGCAAUGAGAAGUGCAUAAUCAAGAUCCUGAAACCUGUUAAGAAGAAAAAGAUCAAAAGAGAAAUAAAGAUAUUGCAAAACCUCUGUGGUGGACCAAACAUUGUCAAACUCCUUGAUAUUGUCAGAGAUCAGCAUUCAAAAACUCCAAGCUUGAUUUUUGAGUACGUGAACAGCACUGAUUUCAAAGUUUUGUACCCAACGCUAACGGAUUAUGACAUACGGUACUACAUAUAUGAGCUUCUCAAGGCACUAGAUUAUUGUCAUUCACAGGGAAUAAUGCAUAGAGAUGUCAAGCCCCAUAAUGUUAUGAUAGACCAUGAACUGCGGAAGCUUCGCUUGAUAGAUUGGGGUCUUGCUGAAUUUUACCAUCCAGGGAAAGAAUAUAAUGUCCGUGUUGCUUCAAGAUACUUCAAGGGCCCUGAACUUCUAGUUGACUUGCAAGACUAUGACUAUUCUUUGGACAUGUGGAGCCUUGGCUGCAUGUUUGCAGGAAUGAUCUUUCGCAAGGAACCUUUCUUUUAUGGUCAUGAUAAUCAGGAUCAGCUCGUCAAAAUUGCAAAGGUACUUGGGACAGAUGAGUUGAAUGCAUAUUUGCACAAGUAUCGAUUAGAGCUUGAUCCUCAGCUAGAGGCUAUGGUUGGGAGACACAGUAGGAAGCCAUGGUCCAAAUUUAUUAAUGCAGACAAUCAGCAUCUAGUGUCACCAGAGGCUAUAGAUUUUCUUGACAAGCUUCUUCGUUAUGAUCAUCAGUCUAGACUUACUGCAAAAGAAGCAAUGGCCCAUACAUAUUUCUUGCAAGUGAGGGCUGCAGAAACUAGCAGGAUGAGGACACAGUAGCUUUCUUGUCUUGCUUGCUGUCAAUGGGAAGAAAGAAAACUAUGGCGUGAUGUACCAUUUGUAUCCUUGUUAAGUUAACAUUUGUGGAAACUCGUAGUUGAACUUGAGUAUCAACAUCUACCGAAUUUGGGGAAAUACAGAAUUUUGUAGUCAGAAUUUCCCUUUCCGCGUAGGAAUGUUCAUUGGUUGGUUUAAUACAUUCGGUUUUAAGAUGUUACACCAAUACUGUAUUGCGUUUUUUUAA